CUUCACGGCGCCUAUCUGCGGUCGCUGCUUUGCACACCCCUUGUCAACGCCGCCGCUGUCGGCUGCUGGGCGCGCUCUACUGGCCGCGACUUGACUCCUCGACGCGCCGCGGCUGAUCCGUCACCGAGUCCUUCGUUGCAAGUGCCGCUACCGUGUGCAAGCCUGUCGCCUUGCCGGUCGUUUGUUGUAGCAGCAGCGAACGUGCGUGACGGUGCAGCUGUCGCGAUGUGCCACGUGCGAUCGCGCGCGGCGUGAAAUCGGCCGCUGUCUUACAGAGAAGCGACAUUCUCGCGGACGCCGGCUUUGGACCUCCGCUGCUCUGAACGGCUACUAGACUGUGAUCGUGCGCAACGAUUCCGAUCGCAAAACGCUCAAGAGUCACUGGCGGGUGUUUUCGUCUGUUCUGCCUGACUGCACGCGGCCCAUCUUUUGAACUUGAGAUACACGCGCAUCUUCCGUUGUUACCACUUUUGGCGCCGCUGGUCAGUAGUUGUCAUCGUGCUUGUGUGUGUGUGUGCGUGUGUGUGUGAGAGUGCGUCCAGGACAGAACUGUGCACCGAGAACGUUGUCCAGGCUGUGGGAUACUACCGGUACAUGAGACUCUGAGACUGUCCGGUCGCUGUCUUGCGUCGUCCAGGUUUCUUGGAACUGAGGCUGAGAUCACCGGCUUGACUGUGCGCCCAGCUGACCAACUUCAUUGUCAGCAGCAGAAAGGACGCCGAUCCUGUCUGCGCAGCCACAGCCCUCCUACCGAGGACUCUGGAGCGGGAUGAGCCUGUAGGACGAUCGACGCACCACCGUUGGGUACGCGGGCCAAGCUGCGGCGGGGAGGAGGAGCUCGUGCUUUUCCCUUUACCCUGAAUGCAAGGACUCCUCGGAACGUCGCUCCACCACCGGCAAAAUGAUGCCGGAGGCAUGUCGGGCCUGGGCUGGCAAAGCGGGGGUGGCCCCGUGAGCCAGCAGCAGCAGCUGUCAGUAGUGACCACGGUGUGGGGAGUGACGUCCACCACGCAGAGCGCAGCGCCCUACGCGCCUGGGCCCCCCCAGGCUAAGGGGGGCCCGUAUGCCCCUUCUGGCUACCCAUCAGGAUCACCUCUGGGCCCCAACAAGGGUUACUCACCUGUGCCACCUUCCCGACAGCCUCCCAAUGCGUAUGCUGGGUAUGGCCAGAAUCCUGCAGGCAUGGCUGGUGGCAUGCCUGGUGCCAUGGGAGCUGCUGGACAUGGCACAGCAGGCGAAUUCCAGACAGGUCCGUCAGCCCUCAGCACCGCAGCCCUGGUGGCUGCUGCCACUGCUACAGCUACAGCGACAGCAAGUGUGGUUGCUCUCCAGGAGCAACGGCAGCAGGAAGUCAUGGGUGGACAGUAUGGACAGAUGGGGGGCCACCAGCAGUUUCCGGGUGCAGGCUAUGGGGUGCCUCCCCAGCGGGGUCCUCCGCAUGGUGCUGCAGCAGCUGGCCAGAUGGGAGGUCUGAUGGGACCAACAAUGGGGCCCCUGGGGGCCGCCUCCAAGCUUGGUGGGGCGGGCGGGCCUCUCUACAACCAGCAGCAGCAGCCACCACCCCGCGGCAGACCCUACCCAAGCCCCCAGCAGUACCUGGCACAUAAGCGACAACAGCAGCAGCAACAGCAGCAGCAGCAGCAACAGCAGUACCCAGCAGGGCCCAUGCAGGGGGGUUACAUGGGUGCUCCACAGCAGCAGUAUGGGCCCCAGUACCCAGGGGCAGCCAGUGGGCCAUUUCCAAAGCAGCAGGGAGCUGGUUACGGGGGAGGUGCCCCUGCCUCUCAAGGGGCCCUGGCGGCCUACCAUCAGGGGUCUCCCCUGCGAGGUCGACCCCCUGGCCAAGGCAUGCCCACUCCAGCUGCCUACCCAGGCAGUGCACAGGGUGGCCAGUACUACCAGCAGCCCAUGGGUCCGCAGGCGCAGUAUGAGCAGCAGUUUAUGCAGGGUGGCCAGUAUGCACCGCAUGGCUUCCAGCAGCGGAGCAUGAACUAUCAGCACUCGCCCAUUCCUGGCAACCCCACACCACCACUGACCCCAGCAUCGGGCAUGCCCCCAUACCUGUCUCCAAGCCAGGACACAAAGCCUGUGUUCCCUGAUAUCAAGCCUCCUCUGCCCAUUCAGAAGGACGACGAGCUGCGCCUCACAUUCCCUGUGAAAGAUGGCAUCAUCCUGGCGCCCUUCCGGCUGGAGCAUAAUCUCGCAGUCAGCAACCAUGUGUUCCACCUGAAGCCCUCGGUGCACGAGACACUCGUCUGGCGCUCUGACUUGGAGCUGCAGCUCAAGUGCUUCCACCAUGAGGAUCGCCAGAUGCACACUAAUUGGCCUGCUUCAGUACAGGUGUCUGUCAAUGCCACUCCACUGAGCAUUGACCGGGGCGAGAGCAAGACUUCACAUCGGCCACUGUAUCUCAAAGAAGUCUGUCAAGCAGGCCGCAACACUGUGCAGAUCACUGUUACAGCCUGCUGUUGUUCUCACCUGUUCCUGCUGCAACUGGUGCACCGGCCAACAGUGCGAUCAGUGCUGCAGGGUUUGCUGCGCAAGAGGCUUCUACCAGCUGAACACAGCAUCGGCAAGAUCAAGCGCAACUUCUCAGUGGGCCCAUCCCCCCAGGGGCCAAACAGUGGCCCCGGUCAAAACCCGUCUGGAGGUGCAGGACCUGCUGAGGAUGGUGUUGAGCAGACUGCCAUUAAGGUGCAGCUCAAGUGUCCUAUCACAUUCAAGCGCAUCACGCUACCUGCACGAGGCCAGGAAUGCAAGCACAUUCAGUGCUUUGACCUGGAGUCUUACCUGCAACUGAACUGUGAACGAGGGUCUUGGCGGUGCCCAGUGUGCAGCAAAACUGCCAUCCUUGAGGGCCUGGAAGUGGACCAAUACAUGUGGGGUAUUUUGACCAACCUGAGCAACUCUGAUGUGGAGGAAGUAACCAUCGAUGCAACAGCUAGCUGGAAGCCUGUCACUAUCAAAUCAAUCAAGGAUGAACAUGAUGGGACAGAGUCAUGCAGUGGUGGCAAGCGACUGAAGGCCAUGUCCCCAAGCAGCAUGACAAUGCCAACUACAAGUAGCUGGGAAAUGGGACAGGGUCUCUCACCUUACCCAGCCCUGCCCCCGCCUGACAUGCAGUCCAUCGUGAAUGGACCCAGUAUGGCCAAUGGGCCAGUCAUGCCUGGUGGCCCUGUGAUGCCGAGUGGUGCUGGCAUGCCUAAUGGUCCAGUCAUGGCUAGUGGCCCAAGCAUGCCCAAUGGACCUGUCAUGGGCAAUGGCUCUGGCAUGCCUAAUGGAAUGGGCUAUGGCAGCCGCAAUGGUGGUUUUGACUUCCAGUCUCAGGCAUCAGACUUUGGCAGCCCUCUAGCUCAUUUGAAUGAUAGUGUGGCCUCUCUGGACCACCUGGCUGCCAUGGAGAAGUCACUGAAUCAUCACGAACAGCAAAUGAUGCCGAUGGCCAACCACCAUCAAGAUCCGCCAGCACCGCAAGGCACUUCCUCGAGCCGCCACCCAGGUGGUGGAGGGCCAGGGUCUCAGAACUCUGGGAGCAAUGCCCCAGGAACACCAAGCACAUCCGGUGUGGCUAGCACCCCAGCAUCCAGCCAGCCGCAGGCCCCUCCACAACAGCAGCAGCAGCAGCAACAACAGCCGGGGCCGCUGUCAGUAGGGAGCAAUGGGCCUCAGACACCUCAUACCCCACACACUCCUCACACACCAGGAGGGCCACCCAGUGUGCCUUCACAGGGCUUGGAAGGCAGUGGUGGGCCAGACAGCCUAGCUCCUGACCUCAGCGAGCUGAGCUUCGACCCGGCAGCCGUGAUUGAUGGGGAGGGCCAAGGCCAGGAGGGUCUCAAUCUGCUUCCGGAGAGCUGUGUUGACGCCAUGGAGCUUUUGUCAUACCUUGACCCGCCGGACCUAGGCGGUGGUGCUGGUAGCACAGGCAGUAGCCAUACUGGCCAAACUUCAAGUUCAGCCGCAGCUGGGAGCACACCAGCCAAUGAUGAUCUCCUUGCUCUGUUUGAGCCUUGACUCAUGUGAUGAGAACUACUUUGUGCAUCCGAACAGAGCCGACACGACAGAAAAAAGCAUCCAGUGGCAGGCGUUUGGCUCCAUGGUAUGCAGCAUAUUGUGAUGCAGUUUGAAACUGAUGCAGCUGUGACAUUUACUGUGUGAUUCUACUGACCGUCAUACAAGCAAGCACUUUUGAAGACUGUGCAUGUGCAUCAGAACACCAAAGAUAGGGAUGCUUCGCAGGGAGGGAAGCUGAACUUUGAAGCACUUGUGAUUGCGUGAGUGUAUGGCUGGUUGUUCAACAAUAACAAAAUCAUCAAAAAUUUGCUUGGAACAUCUCAGAAUUUGUCAUUUGGAGUCUUGCCUUUGCGUAUUUACAAAUUAACAAUGCAGCUUUAUUUUCUUAUAAGAUUUGAGCAGGUGAUGUGCAAGGCAGGAAGUGGUUUGUCCAAUGCAAGAAGUGACUACAUACAGAGAUUACUUGUGAGCACUGAAUUUUCUUGCACUCUCACGACUACCUUGAGAGAUAGCGGUUGACACUUGGUGGCCAUGAUCCUGUGGUCUCGUGCUGUUAUGGUCAGAUGCCCCGACACAUUACGGGGGGCGCUGGCACCACUGUGUCUGGACGCUUGCGUCCUGUUGUCCACGGUGCUGAAUGAACACGCCAGCCAUCUCAAGCCAGGUGUCGUGUGUUUCACGAUGCUAGCUAGAAAUCUCAGCUUUUGAAGUGCUCUGCACAGCCAGGACAUCGAUCCUUUGCCACCAUUACCUCAUUUUGUACAGAAGCCCGUCUUGACUGGUGGCAUUAACUGAAGAAGGGCGUGCAGGAACUGGAGGCGCAGCUGUAAUCUCAACGCCCAGUAUGCAACCCAAUGUGGGAAAAAAGCAACGCACAGCUCCUCACUUGUGCUCCAUCUGACGGCAAAAAGAACGGUCAAAACACUGCUGUGACCUUGUGUACAUAGGGUUUUAAUGGCACAUUCUUUGUGUCUCGUACUUGAAAUUCCUCGAAAAAUCCUGGUAUGUUGUGUAUGCAUGUGAGAGUUGUGUCCCUGAAUGUUGUACAGCCUGUGGUUUUUUUUCUUUGUGUGUCCUUUGCUAGCUGUUUUUAUGUUUUCUUGAGCCCUUGAGUAUAUAUACAUAUACAUAUUAUAUAUAUAUAUAUAUUAUAAAUAAUUAUAUAUAAAUAUAUAUAUAUAUACUAUUUAUUUUAAGUGUGAGCUUGUGUGUGCCGCAGCCUCCUUGUUUUUGUGGGGGCAUAGUCGCCACUACAUGUUACCGCCAGCACAUCUUACAUGUCAGUGUUUUCACAGCACUGGCACAUGCGCACUUCAUGUAGGCUCCCGCUUGCAGUCUCCCGGGUCAGGCAUCUGGCAGCAGUAAAGACUGGUGCAGAACAUUUUUCGUUCUUCAGCUGUUCUGGCUAUUUCAUCGUCCUGUUUAUUACAGCCCAAAUGUUCAUUGAAUUGCAUGAAAACAGAUUUUGGUGCUACUCACUGUCACAGGAUUUCUGAUGUGGUAUGGGGCUUCUUUUCUUAUUUUACAGUUUUAGGUGAAAAAAAUUAAAUGUGAAACAUAUACCAGGAAUCUGAGAGAUUGUGAGGCUACCAGCUGUUAGCAGAUUUCUUCAGUAAUCUACACUAGGUUGCUAGUACUGCUUGAAGUACUGAGUGUUGUCCAGUUGCUGGACUGGUGUUGAUUGCAAUUUCAAUCUUGUAUCAAUCCUUUCCUGCCAGUUGCCCUAAAGGUAGUUACCAUACACAUUGCAUGUCUUGUGCACAAGCAAGUGAUUUCUUUGGAAACAGUCCAAUUGUAUCUUUUUUUCACCAUGGCUGCCACACAUCACUUUGUAAAUGCUGGAUGCUUCCUUGAUCAUUUGUUGCUCUGUAACCAUGAAUUUGUGAUAUUUGAAACUUUAGGUUUUAAUCUUGUUCUUGAGUACUUAAUUUGUCCAAGUACCUGAUUCUUCCAAGGCAAAAUGUUGUCCUUAUUUUCUUCUUACGGCAUACGAAAUUAUCCAGACACAAGAUAAGCACCAUUAGCCAGACUGCAACUAAAUGCCUUUGAUGCUCAUUGUUGCCUUUUUGUGCAAGUGGGUAGUAUGAGUAAUGGCUAUUUUAUCCGGAAAGGCACACACUGCAAAUUGCAGAAUUGUUAUUAUAUAUGUUUAGCUGCGCAGCGGUGUGAUAUUGAGACAAUAAAACGUUUUUGAUUUCCAUUUAAAAUAGUGGGAACAUCAGGCCUGGAACUGCACUUGUGCUCAAAAUACAGGCACUUUUACGAGCUAAUAAAUUUGAAUAGUUAUAUUGUCAUUAGUUGUUAAGCAUGACACCCAUACUCAAGGGGAAGGAAUUAUGGUUCUUGGGAAACAGUCUUUUAAAACAUCUAGAAAUGGUCAUUAUUUUUUCAGUAAAAUGUCAGCAACAGUGUGGGAAAGGCUGCCUGCAAAAUUAAAUAAGUCUGCCAUAAUAUAAGCUUCAUUCUUCUACAACUUGCACAUCAGAAAGAUUGAUAUGUACAGCUUAGGAAGAGAUGCAGGUUCUAGUGAUUUCCGCUCUUGUGCAUAUCAAAUUCUGUUUGUUGUGGGGGCAUGAGAUGGCUGCCCGUCUUGCAAACGGUAUCCACUUGCAGCCAUUUUUUAUUAGGCCAGCGAAUUAGCACAUGUGAAGCCCAUUGCUUUCAGUUACCCAUGUCUUGCUGCCAUGCAGUACUGACAAUCACUUAGUGUAAUGUUUUAAGCCGGUAAAAAAAAUAAAUAAAUAAGUCUGCCAUUAAGUCUGGACAUGCUUGAUUUAUGAAUGUCAGUCAUGAGUGUCAUGCUUUGCAGCAUUGCUCCUCAGCUAUUCUAUUACAGAGAUCUGAAAGGAUUUGUAACUUCCACCUAGAUGUAGCAUCUUCUUGUUGAACUUGUCUUUCUCAUUGCUGCCAGGGGAAGCCCUCCCCAGACCCGUUAUACCUCAGAACGUGCACAGCAUGCAAAGCACACAAAGUGUUCCUCUCUUGUCUCACAGUAGUUGUGCUGUCCCUGUAUAUAAUGUCCAGCGCAGGGCAGAAAACCCAUGUGUUUUUCAGCCUGGAGGGUGCAGUAUCUUGUGUUGUGCUCCAAAGCAGUGUAGGUUGCAGUGAUGCAAUUCUCUUUUCUGUAGCCUAGUGAGAAACGAAUAGAUGCGUCAUAGAAAAUGCGCGCUGUAAAAAUCGCCAUGCAUAUGUGAUGGCUGCCACUGUUGCAAUGAAAUAGGCUAUUGUAAAAGAGCUAGCUAUUGAUGCCUAGCUUAUUGAUAGACCACAGCAACGAAAAUUUCCUAUCAAGUUUUAUCCUUGAAUAUCAAAGUCUUUUAAUGUUUGAAAAAUAAAACUUGAUUGAAAGUGCUUGUUGAAGAGAUCCUUUGAGACUUGAAUGGGAGGAGCAAGUUAGUAGAUACGUGAUGGAAAAAGAAGGUGGUUGGCUGGCACAAGCUUGACAUAUUGCUCUGUCUUGGAAACAAGAACAACAAAACGUGGUGCUCAUGCUUUUGUCUUUCAUUCUUGACUUUCUCCAUGCUAUGUAAAUUCAGAAAAAAAAAAAAAAGUUGUUGAACACUUCUGUUUUCAGUCAAAAAAACAAACAAGAUAGCAAAAUGAUUCAGUUGACUUGGCUGAUGGGUGUAAUAUGGCAAACAGCUUGAGCACUGUUAUGGAAGCAUCAAAAAGAUGGUACUUGUCUGUUGAAUAGCUUAUACAAGCAGUCUGAGCUCGUACAUACCUGGAGUUAAUUGUAGCAUGCCAUGUGGAGACUAGCAUGACUUUGCAACAUGGCAGCCGGCUUUCACAGCAUUCUUUUUGUCUUCCCUCACAAAGCACAUGUGCAUACAGACACUUUCUUCACCUAUUUGUUUUUGCAACUUGUACAUAUUGUAAAGUGCUUGCAAUGCAAGAUACAGCUUGAAGUCCAUGUCAGCAACACUGCUAGACGUUCACAUGCAAAAGUGCUCCUACCAGCCCUAUUGCCUCCUUGCACUGUGAAAAUAACCUGUAUUUCAACAUGCCCCUGUUACAUCCUUAGAUGCUUGCUUACUUGUCGUCCGCUUCAUGUCUCUUGUACAGGUCUCACUUCAUGGAUAAUAUAAACAAUUAAGUCUCAUUUUCAGCUUCACUGCUUAUUUUCUUUGUAUGGACAGCUGUUUUCACCAGCAAUGUUGCUUAGUAUGUGAACAUAGUGAAAACGCAAAAGCUAUGGUGUUGACAUGCUGAACGCAAGGAUAUUCAAAUGACGGGUGAGGUAGCGCAGUGUGCAUUGAAAGAAGGGAAGUGAUGGCAUACAUUAAAUGUGUGUCGCAAGCUGAGGUGUUAGAUGUCCUGUCUAAGCAUGUUGUUUGGCACGCUGUAUCAGCAGUAGCUAAAAUUUCUGCCAUCUUAUUAUUCUUUUUGAUGGGCCAAUAAGAGCACUCGAACCUGCAAUAAAAGUACUCUCAUGAUAGCCUGUGCCAAUCUUGGCUGCACCAUGAACACUUGAGCACUUGGGUCAUUCAAGUACUUAAGAGAGCACAUUUAAGCAGUUCUAAGAGCUCCUCUUGGCCAUAGCGAAAUCCUUAUAAAAGUAAGCUUCUUAAAAGAAGCUGCAUGUUCUUUUUUUUUUUUUUUGCUUUGCUUAGUUUAUUUGCCUUAGUGGACGAUCGAGGCUGAGAGCUCUAUCACCAUCAAAAGUGGAUAGUAAUUGUAGAUGUGCCGUUACAUUCAGCCAUUGUGUGGUUUUGACGUCAACACGUCACUGAAUUCGGCCACAGACCCUGUGGUGUGGCAAGUUUUGGCAUUUAUGCCCACAUCAGCUGCUAGGUGAUCAAAUAGCUUUGUUUAGCAAUUGAGUUGUGUUGCUUUGCAAUUGUUAUGCUGUGUUUUCCUGAGCUUUUUUUCUUGUUUCACUUUGAGAAAGCGUGAACAGAAUGAAAUGCUGGUUCUCCUCUUCCUUUGUCAUGAGAGCACGGGGCUCCUGCUCUUUCCUUGAGGGGUUAAAAAAAUGCAAGAGUUUAAUGAAGGCAGAGUUGCGCAACGUACGUCAUAUCAAACAGUUCCUAUAUGCAUAAAGCACAGCUUUUGAAUCCGGUGACGGUGGGGAACAUUGCAACGAAACAUCCUCUUUUUCUUAUUGUUUCAUGCCAGUACAGAGAUGGGAAACACAACAGGGAGUUGUUCUCUCUCCACACACGGUGUCGUUUUUUUCCCUUUCCUAUUUUCACGCUCCUCAUCUUGUUUGGCAAAUCAUUCGGUCUCAUGUGCAACGGGAUGGCCUCUUGUCUUCUCAUUUCUUGUUCUGUUUCCAUUUGCUCGAGUGACCUUAGGGUGACAGUAGCAGCGUUCAUUGAUAGAGUUCUUGUCCAUACCAUUUCAUGUUCUUCUGUUUGUCAUAUUUCUAGUGUAGAUAUCCAUAUUUAUACAAUAAAAUGUUUAUAUAACAUGA